AUGUCCGUGGAGAAUGAUGUGACGUCAAACGGUUCAAUGACAUGGUUCCGUCGGAAGCUGGCCACUAAGCCGAAGAGCUUACAUUCGAUGCCAAACCCCUGCUCAACUGAAGAAAGAACGUCGUACGACGACGUUCAGCCGGCCAAGAAACAACCACUCAUGCAGAAAGUCUCGGGCAGUGAUGACGACGAUUCUAAUGAAGAAGAUGAGGAAGGUGAUGAAUUCGAAGAAGUAGAAAAAGAUGAGGAUGUGAUUCAAACGAUGCCAAUAAGGAGUGACGAAAACGCAAAUCCGGUACAUGAAAUGUCACAACUAACGUAUGCUAGCUAUAAUUAA